ACAAAUUACAAAUUGUUCGUUCUACUUGUCACUAUCCUUGGAGUAUCUAGUAUUCAGCUAGAAGUGACAUGUUUGUAUGCUUUCAUACCGACAGUACAACAGUGUUAAUACUUCACUCAAAACAAACGUCGCCUGACCGGUCGUUUGGUAGCUUGUACUCUUAAAAAUAACGAUAACAUUAACUGGCUAGUCACCUGUUGAUAAAGCGAGCAUCUUUGUUUACAUUUAGCGAACGUAGUUAUUUAAGUUAGUUUACCUUUAUUUGCGUUAGUCACCGCCUAAAACGUAACGGUAUCUUGAUGAAUGAGUUGUCUUAUGUACCUUUCUGACUGUUCACUUAAGUUGGAACAACUAAAAGCUGGAGUCCAACAUGCAUUCAUCAUUAUUCUAACGUUAAUAUUUGAGAACGAAGGGAGAUUAACGAGAUGUGGCGAGUUUGAGGAAUCUAUUUCGAGAGUCUGAACUGAGGGACAGAAACUGAGCCCUUUGUACAGUCAGCCAGAGGGUCAUGGUGAUGGAUGUGUGCAGAACAAUCCUGAUCACCUGACCUUGCAACACCUGCAGUUUCCUGAUGUUCCUCUGUCCCAGCGAGGUUGCAUCUGCCAGGAAGGGCCUCUCAGUGGGAUGGCUGAGAGACGUCCUGUCGCUGGCAAUCUCAGCUCCUCUUCCUCCAGCUCUAGGUCUGCUUCAGUCAAAGCCAGGUCAGUAGAGAUGGAGCCUGUUUCCUCAAGGAAGAAGGUGGGCUGUGUGCGUCAGGAGAACGCCUGUCUCACCAUGCAGGAUGAGCAACUAAACGAUGGCCUGGAUGCUGUUCAGUAUGAACUGGCUACUUCCAAGACUCGGGUCCACCUCAGAGGCCCCAGGUUUGGGGUUAAAAGCAAUGUGGCUAUAAUGAGUGAACGAAUUUGUGAACUUGAAGCAGAACUGGAGACUCAAGCCAUAGAACUAAAGGCAGUGGAGCUGAGGGCUGAGUGUAGCCGGGAAGCAGCAGCCCACAGUGACAUAGUAGUGGCCAAUCUGACUGAAGAGCUGGUUGCUCUCAGAGAGGAGCUGGACAACAAGACAGCACUAGGGAAACGGGCUGAGCAACAAAGGAACCAAGCGCUUCAAAAUGCUGAGCAACUCAAAGAAGCUUUCAAAGAUUACAAGGCCACAAUUUCCAUUAAGCUUCAAAGGGUGCUGGAGAGUGAGAGCAAACUAAAAGACAGUCUUAUUGAGUGUGACAGAGAAAAAGAAGAGCUGGAGAUGAAGUGCACUGUGUUGAACAGAGAGAAGGCAGAACAGAGCCAGACAAUAAGCCAGCUGAGGGAGGAGGUGAGGCAGGCCAAGUGUUUGAUUACUCAGCGCUCAGACCUCCAGGCUCAGCUGGAGGAGGCUGAAGGACGGGCACUGCAUCUGGAAGGGCAGCUUGUGGAGCGGGGAGCGGAGUGCAGGGAGCUGGCCUCUCUGCGCAGGGAGCUGGAAAACCUGCGGGGUCUGAGCCAGAGCCAGGAGCAGAGGGUGGCCCAGAGCCACAGAGAUGCUCAGCAGUGCCAAGUGGAGCUAGCCAGCCUGGAAGCCAUACUGGCCCUACUGCAUCUACGAGAGGGUACUGUGGGGCCACUUUGUGCCAGGCCCUGCACACUGCCCCCAGUGGACUACUCUGGGACUGCGCACCUACUCAAGCUAAAGCCUGGUGAAGGAUACCAGCAGCUGCUGCGAGUGCUGCAGUCUGCAGAGGCUGAGCGAGCUAAACAGAACAGCUUGGUCGAGCGCCUUCAGGAGCGUCUGAGCAGAGCCCAGGAGGAGAUCUCUUCGCUGCAGAGCUCCAUGGCCCAGAGAGCUUCCCACUACCAGAGCCUCCACAUGGAGCUGCUGGACAAAGUCAGCCAAGCCACUAACACAGAGAAAGAGUUGAAGAGAAAAAGUGCACGUGUGGCUGCACUUGAGAAACAGUUACAGGAGAAAACGUCAGCCUACAGUCAGGCUGCACUGAAGAACACUGAACUGGAGAAUCAGCUACUGGAGAAGACCAGCACUCUUCAGCAUUACCAGUCACUGAUGACCAAAAAGCAGAGAGACUACCAGCAGUCAUUGGACAAGUCUAAAAAAUCACAUUCUGAACAAUGGAUGGAGCAGCAGCACAGAAUAGAAAUGUUGCAGCUGUCUGUAGAAGAGGGUCAGUCUCGGGUGUUGGAGAUGGAGCAGGAGCUUAGUUUACGUCAGAGGGAACGCGAUGAGGCACAGAAAACAGUUCUCCUGCUGCAGACCUCAGUGGACCACCUCACACAGGAGAAGCAGAUUGUAGAGAGACACAACGAGGAGCUGCUACAGAGUUUGAAAGAGCAGGCUACUCAGUCUGCCAGCAAGGUGUGUGAACUACAGUCGUGUCUGUCAGCAUGCAGAGAAGAACUGAAGUCAUACCUGCAGCAGAUGGAGGAGGUGAAAAAGAACUAUGAGAGCGAGCUGCAGAUGAACAAUGACAAGGUUGCCUCUCUGCAACAGAAGCUUCACAGUGCAAGUCUGGUUUGUCAGAGCUCCAGUGAGCAGAACCUACAGCUGCAGCUCUCUCUCCAGCAGCAGACGACCAUGCUGACUGAGAGCACAGUCCGCAUCUCUGAACUGGAGGAGAGCCAGAGCCAGCUGCAGAAACAGGUGGCCAGUCUGGAGCAGCAGCUGGAACGAUCCCGGGCCUCUCUACAGGAUGCGGUGAGGACCAGAGAGCAGGAGGCUCAGGAGAAAGACAAAAACCUGCAGGAGAUGAACCAGCAGAACACCAAACUCUCAGAGUCUGUCACCCAUCUGUCUUUAGAGAAUGCAAAGUGUCAAGGCGAGCUAGUGUCUAAAGAGUCAGAGCUGCAGCGUCUGCGGAGGGAAGUCACUGUCCAGACUUCUCAGGUCAGCCGAAUGGAGGAAAGUCUGCAACACAUAAGAAGUCAGCUCGACAGCAAGAAUAACAUGGUCGUGGAUCUGGAAGAGAAGCUCCAUCGCUGCGAGGCAGACCGGCUCAACUGCGUCCAGCGGGUUCAGACUCUGGAGGAACAGUUGCAGGCAGUGCGGGAAGAGUUGGCCAAUACUCUGGAGCAGCUACAGAAGCUCAGGGAUGUUCUGCAGAGAACUCAGACCAUCGCAGAUGAGCGGCAAGCUUCUGUGGAAAAACUGGAUGUCCAGCUUAGUGAGACCCAGAGGGAGUUGGAGGAGAGAACUCAUGAGGUCUUAGACAUGGACCGUGCACUGAAAGAGAGACAGGGGGAGCUCCAACAGCGAGCACAGCUGCUGGGCCAGCUGGAUGUGGCCAUCAGAGAGCACAAGCAGGAAAUGGAGAGGAAGGUGGAGUCUCUGCAAAAGAGCCUAGAUGCCAGAGAGAGAGAGCUGAAAGAUGCACAGCAGGAGCUCACCAACAGAAACAUGAAGGAGUCCCAGGAGCUCAACCAGCAGCUGCAUAUGUGUCAGCAGAAACUAAAGACUGUGCUGCAAGACCUUGAAGAAAGUCAAUGUCAUUGUGAGGCUUUGACCCGAGAACUGGAUGCCACCAAAGAAACGCAGGUCCAGCUGUGUGAGGUGGAACAGCAGCUGUCUCUGAAGGAGGCACACUGGCUGCAGUCGGAGGCCAGGCUGCAGAGCAUGGUCACAUCUUUAGAGCAGGAGCUGGAACUGGAGAGGGAGCAGCACAGUAAGGAGCUGGAGUCCCUGCAGCAGACUCGAGGCCAGCUCCUCAAAGUCUCUGAGCAGAUCUCCUCCACCAUGCGCUCCUCCCAGGAGCAGCUCGCUGCUAAACUUCAGCAGUGCCAAAACCAGCUAGAACAAGCCAAAGCCCAGUGUGAUCAGACCAAAGCUCAGCUGGACCAGACUAAGACUGAGUUGAGUCACACCCGGAACCAAGCCAGUCACCUCCAAAUGCAGUUGGAGCAGAGCCAAAGCCAGCUCCGUCAGAGUCAAACCCAGCUGGAGCAGAGCAGGAAUCUGUAUGAGCAGACCAGUGCCCAGAACAGUCACCUCCAUGCCCAGCUUGAGCAGCUCAGUACCCAGUUGAAUCAAGCCAGAGUCCAGGCCGCCCAGCUUCAGGCUCAGCUAAAUGCCUCCACAAAGUCCAUGGAGACCUCCAAUGAGUCCCUGCUCAUCAAGGAGUCCGAGGUGACUCGUCUCCAAGCCAGGAUCUCCAGCCUGGAGCGAGCUGCUGAUCGCCAGAAUUUGUACAAUCACACCCUCGCUCUUCCUGCGCUACACAAAUUCACACAAUCCUCAGAGUGCUCGUCUUCUGCCCACUCCCCUCCUUCCUCCCCUAAGAAGCAUCAAACUGUCUGCUCUGCUCUACACUCUCACUCAACUCGCCUCCACUCCCCAACACGCAGACAAACUUGUUCAUCACCCCCUGUUCACACACACCUCCAGCUCACCUCAGGCUCUCACCUGCCUGAGAGCCAUCAAACUCACGACUGGCUGAAGACCAGUAGCACGGACUCCUCCCUGGAGCUCCUGAGCCUUAAAGCCACACUCAGGGAAGCUCUGAGCGAGCAGUCAUGGGAGUCGUCCACCCCCUCCAUGUCCCCUUUCCCACACACAUUGGACUACAGCUGGCAGGGCCUCAGUGCUGCGGAGGCCACAGCAACCUCUGACCUCUCCUUCAACCCCCUUACAUACAUGGUAGACAAACAACAUGAAGGAAGCCCCAACAUGGAGGCUACCUCGAUGGAGGAGGGAGGCAGUGAGUGGCUGAAGGAGUCGAGGAGGGAGUCUCAGUGCACCCUGGUGGGUGAGGAGGAGGAGGUGGACUUGAGUUCACUGACGGGGAUGCUGAAGUUUGUUAAUCAGACAUUAGCCAUGCAGGAGGACCUUUCUUUACAAAGUUCCACAGGUUUGUCAAAGACCUGACACAGUCCUCGCACUACAGAGGGAUGUCAAGGAGACAUGAGGAAGAAGAGCGAUGUACAUUGUUGUCAUCCUUGUGUGUAAUAUUGUCCUACAUUCAUGAGCAUCUCUCAUUACGUCUGUCCUCUAGGUGUGUUAUUGAAAUCAAGCUCCAAUGUUGUCUUCCAGGGAAAAUCUAAAUUAUCAGUCCGGUUUAGGUAACUUCUAGUUUUCCAGUCGGUGAUGUUGUUUCAUAUAAAUGUAGCAUUUGCAUUUCAUGUUUUUCUAACAACUAUUUAUGCAUUUCAACACAAUUUUAAAUAAGCAAAUAAAAUGUUUUUUAAA